GUCUGCGGGUAGCUCCAUGACCAGCAGGGGUAGGUUAGGGGAAGAAGUGCAUGUGGACGACAUUCUCAUGAGUAAAGAGGCGGACAGACGAGCUGCUUGUGGACCGUAUUGAGAGCCUUGCACUGAACCAGACGGAGUUAUGUACUGUGCGCAUCCUGUCGCCGCCACCGGCAACAACCCACUCAUGUAUUGCUACAACAUGAAACCGGUUUAUGGGCAGUCUCCCACUAAUGACGACAUCAACCAGAACUCAUCUUCACAUCCGUCCAGCAAGGCCCACAGCAAUGUGUUCGCAAGCACCUUCUUUGAGGGGAUGAGCAACUCGCCUGACAUCUGGAACGCUGUAAACGGGCUGAACCAGCAGGGCUAUGAAGGUGCAUUGGGAGCAGCCACAACCCACCAAACACAGCCGGGGAGCUACAGCAGCCUGCAGCCGCUGCAACACAGUCACUUGGACUACUCUCCCCAGUCAGUGAUGGCUGCUGACAUGAACAGGGGUCUCCCACCAAUGUCCACUUUUCACCGCAACAAUACAGCAUCACGCACCCCGUCUGUCAACACCUCAGAGAAUUCAACGGUCUCAGGGAACAAGGGACAUGUGUCAGCAGGGUCAGAGACGGGCGAUACCUUGGGCAAAGCUCUGGCCUCUAUUUAUUCCCCCGAUCACACCAGCAGCAGCUUCCCCUCCAGCUCGUCUACACCGGUGAGGUCUCCGUCCCCACAGCAGAACACAGCUGAACAUGCAGGUACCAACAUGUGGCCCCGGAGUUCAGUUCAGACACCAGUGUCACCGCACUAUGAGUCUUCACUGAUAUCAUUGUCUCAAGUGGAGGACCGACUGGACAGACUGGACGAUGUGAUCCACGUCCUGAGGAACCACGCUGUGGGUCCCACAGGCGGCCUGCCCUCUGACAUCCACGGCCUGCUGAAUCAGAACCUCCACGGCCACCUGGGAUCUGCCAGCUCUCUGCCGCUCAGUUGCCACACUUCAGCCAUGGUUGAAGCUGUCAACAUGAACAACAACCACUCAGCCUUCCAGAGUCGCACACAAAAUGGCCAUCCGUACCCAGCCAGGCAGAGGACUCCGCUUCAGUCCAUGCAAAGUGGAGGAGGUCUGGGAGUUCAGAAUAAUCUGGAGCUGAAGAUGGAAAGCGGGGAAAGGGAAGAGAUGAUGCACACCAGACACAGCUCUGACAGCCCGAGAUCAGAUGAUGAGAGUGAACUCAAAACACAAGGAGAAAACAGUGGAAAUAACAGUAUCCAUGAGGAUGGGGAUGAAGAUCUGAGUCCGGAGCAGAAGGCCGAGCGUGAGCGCGACAGGAGGAUGGCCAACAACGCCCGCGAACGUCUGCGUGUGCGGGACAUCAACGAGGCCUUCAAGGAGCUGGGUCACAUGUGUCAGCUGCACCUUAAGAGUGAGAAGCCACAGACCAAGCUGCUGGUGCUGCAUCAGGCCGUGUCGCUGAUCCUCAGCAUGGAACAACAAGUCAGAGAGAGGAACCUGAACCCGAAGGCAGCGUGUCUGCGGAGGAGAGAGGAAGAGAAGGCGUCUGCAGCCAUGAACGAUCCACAGUCCAUGCAUCUCGCUUUCAAUCCCAGCGUGACAGUCGCAGCGAACCCCAUGGGCCACCUCUGAAUAUCUGAUAAUAACUGCAUCAAAUCCAGUAAAUGUUGAGUGAAGAGCAUCCCAGGAAGCAUCCAGACGAUUUUUGGAGGUCCAGCAUUUCUUCUGAAUUUGAGCUUGGAGGUCGACCUCUCCGUUGAACAAUCAUCAGUCUAACUUUGUGCCUAAACUUUACUUAUAACAGACAAAUGCAUUGUAAGCUGCAGAUGUUUUGUACAUAUUUUGUAUAUUUAUCGAUUAUCUGUCUGUUUUGAAUAUAUCUGAAAGGAUUGAAACCCAGUAGUGACGAGGGGUCAUCUGCAGUUUUGAUUUUUGGCAGAGCCAGAUAACCUUCGGACUGACUUUUACAGUGUUUCACUAUUUACCACGUACACCGAGCUCAGAGGGCCGACAUUCCCACAUCUGUGUGUUCAGACAACGGAUUUCAUUUGUCCUGUGGUGUGUGUGUGUGUGUGUGUGUGUGUGUGUGUGUGUGUGUGUGUGUGAAAGAGAGAGAGUGUUUGUGUGUGUCUGUGUGUGUGUGCUUGUGUGUGUGAGUGUGUGUGUGUCUGUGUGUGUGUGUGUCUGAGUGUUGCAGGAGUUUGACCAUUCUAUGAAUGAACAGAUCUCAGAGAAUGUUGUGUUAACGCGUGGGCAUCAUCUGUUAUCUGUACAUUUGUUACAAAUGUGUGUUGUUAAAAGGAUUACACGUAAUGAUACACUGGUGGAGGGAAUCCCUCCUCUUCUCAGUGUAAUUAUUGCUCUUCAGACGUAGUCGAAGCUCUUUGCAUGUUUGAGUUUUUAAUAGAACAUUACAUUUUUUCUAAGUUAUGUAACUUAUCUUUUAUACAAAUAUUGUGAAUUUCAUAAUAUUCUCUAUUUACUUUUACACAGAAAAACCCUUUUUGUGCAGUUUUACUAGAUGUAGCCCACAUGUCAUGCUCUGAUGCUCUGAGCAAUACAGUAUUACAGAAUAAUUGAUGUCUUGUUUGCUUAUCAUUCUGCUGAACAGUUAAUAAAUAAUAAUCUGUAAUACUCCCAUCAUAACAUGUACAGUAUGUGUACAGUUUGAAGUAGCCUACAGGCAUGUGUCAAAAUGAUAAUGUAGCAAUAAAUGUCUUUUUUUUCCAAAUA